CCAAACUCAGACGAUACAAUGGACUGGGGAAUGCUGCAGUCUGUUUUAGGAGGAGUGAACAAGCACUCCACCAGCAUUGGGAAGAUCUGGCUGACUGUUCUUUUCAUCUUCCGUAUUAUGAUCCUUGUCGUUGCUGCACAGGAAGUUUGGGGUGAUGAGCAAGAUGAUUUUGUCUGCAAUACUUUGCAACCAGGAUGCAAAAAUGUCUGCUACGAUUAUUUUUUCCCAGUUUCUCACAUCCGACUCUGGGCCCUCCAGCUCAUUUUUGUCUCAACUCCUGCGCUUUUGGUGGCCAUGCAUGUUGCAUAUAGAAGGCAUGAAAAGAAAAAAAAGUUCCAAAGGGGAAAUAAAAACAGUGAAUACAAGGACAUAGAAGAAAUAAAGAGACAGAGAUUCCACAUUGAGGGUCCCUUAUGGUGGACAUACACUGCCAGCAUCUUCUUCAGGCUGAUAUUUGAAGCUUCUUUCAUGUAUGUAUUUUACUAUAUGUACCAGGGGUAUCACAUGCCUCGCCUACUGAAAUGUAGCAUUUGGCCAUGUCCCAACAUAGUGGAUUGUUUUGUUUCCCGACCCACUGAAAAGACAGUCUUCACCAUUUUCAUGAUUGCAGUGUCUGGCAUUUGCAUUCUACUAAAUGUAGCAGAAUUCUCCUAUUUGUUGCUGAAGUUCUGUGUUAGAAGGUCCAGAAGAGCAAGAACACGCCAAAAUCAUCCCAACCAGAACAAAGAAGAAAGCAAACAAAAUGAAAUGAAUGAGCUUAUAUCAGAUAGCUGCCAGAAUACAGUAACAGGGUUUACAAACAGCUAGAGUGAUCACAAAUCUAGCAUGCAUUUGAUGUAGAGUAACUGAAUGACCAUGUUCAUAAAGCUGCUAUGAAAGUGGUUGGAUUUAACUAAGCAAUAAAGUAAGAGGGUAAACAGGAGUAUUACUACAUGUUGGAGUUAGACAUGUAUUUUUAAGGUCAAUAGUGGUAUAAGGAUGUAAAAAAUACUGAAGAUUUCAGAUGAUGUGAUGUACUUUAUGUAUAACUUUACCAAAUCUAUUUUGAUUUGUUAAAGAGUAAUCCUAGUUAGUGCCUUCAUACUGAAACUGUUCCUUAGACUAAUGAGAUGGAAUUCGCUGCCUUACUGAUUAAAUACUGUUAGUAUCACAAGCCACUUUUCCACUUAAUAGCUGUUUUAAAAUUGUGAGUUUGCAUCUACAGUAAAUUAACAUAUUUUUCUAAGGACUGAUAUUCCAUAUUGCUUGAUGUUAAGAUGUAUGACUAAUUAAUAUCUCUUUAUUAUUAUUAUUUCCUUAAAUGAGCAAAUGCUAAUGUCUUCAUUGUAAUAUGGUUAGAAAUUAAACAUUUAAAGCCACAAGCAA